GCCACGGCGGCAAUGAAUGUCUUAUUCGCUAGCAGUGUAUUGAGGAAGAUGCUAUGUAAAAUAGAAGUAAUAGUGUAAGCCACUAUCACUAUGGGUUAACAAACAACUACAGCUCUCUCUAGACAGAUAAGCAGCAACAUUCAAGAGAGAGAAAUUGCCAGAGGGAAAUUGAUUGUGGUGGGAGAGAUCACGCCGGUUUCAAACGUCCGGAAUACCUAGGCCUAGCUUGUGGUCUUUUUUUUUUUUUUAGAACUUUCUAGGCCCUUGUUUGACGCAUGAAGUUGGGAACAAGCCCGGAGCAAAAAGAGGAGAUCCUUACCAGAUGGGGUAAUUUCUUUGUGUUUCGCCUCGGAGACGAUCCGAGUGAGCGAGCUUUUGAGGAAAGCGAUGGUGGUAGCUGCUACGAUAGUGCUGAGGCGAGCUUGAACUUUGUUGUGCUGUGCUGUGAUAUGUGACAAUUAACAGCUAGAGUUGAGUUGAGUCGUCGGCAGUUGGAAUUAUGCGAGGAUUCUUGGAAGAGAUCCCUGGCGUUUCUGGUGCUUAUCUAGAGCAUUCAUUGAUCCAUGGCUCAGUCUAUAGCAGCUUUUGGGUCCAAAUGCUGAAGGAUGCUUGAUGGCGGGGGCUUUGGGCAGCUUACAGUGGACAGCUAUCAGUGGACGUGGCGGCCUCUGCACGCUAAAACUGCAGCUGAAGUCCGCGCAACGUGUCUGAUACAGUAAAACGACUCAGCCUUCACUGGGUACGAGCUACUUUGCACAUGAAGUGGCAUUUUCACUUUACGCGUCGCUACGCGUUUUCCAGGGCUUGUGAGUGGCAUCUCCCCGCGCAAGACCUUGUUUCUUACUUGCUCGGCCAAGAAGUAAUUCGACAGGUACUCGGUGGAGGUGGCAGCCAGUAGCCAAUCAAUCAAUCUGGACUCGAUUACUUCUACGCAAGCAAAGAAAUACACACAAUGCCGCAUUCAAUCUCUCCCAAUCCCGUCAAGGACGAGCCAAUGGACGCCGAUCCAGAAAUCCCUGGCGAUGCUGCUCCAGCAAAGACAACCACAGAUGACGAUGUCGAUAUGAACGACGAGCCGCAGGCGGAGGCGCCCCCGACAGGCCAAGCUGAGGAGGUGAAGAAGGAAGUCAAAUUGGACGACUUGUUUGCAGAUGAAGAUUCAGACGAAGAGUUUCCAAGCUCAGCACCUGUUAAGCGCGAGGGUGCAAGCUCACCUGCACGAGCAGCUUCACCUUCGUAUGUAGCUUCAUGCCCACCAACUACUCUGCAGAGAAAGAGAGCAGACCUGGCUAACCGGUUUGAAUUUGUAGAUACAUCCCUGCUUCCGAUCCAGAGGUCAUGCGCAGUUUUUACCAGAGACUCUUCCCUUGGCGACAGCUUUUUCAGUGGUUGAACCAUAGCCCGACGCCUACAAACGACUUUGGGAACCGCGAGUUUGCCUUUACCCUUCAGAAUGACGCAUAUCUGCGUUACCAGUCUUUUGCGACUGCAGAUCUUCUACGAAAAGACGUCCUCCGUCUCAUGCCCUCCCGUUUCGAAAUCGGCCCCGUCUACUCGACAAACCCCCGAGACCGAAAAACCUUGCGCAACUCUUCCGCCUUCAAGCCUCUUGCAAAAGAAUUGUGCUUUGAUAUCGAUUUGACAGAUUACGAUGAUAUCCGAACAUGCUGCGACAAGGCGACCAUCUGCAACAAAUGCUGGCAAUUCAUGACCAUGGCCAUCAAGGUUGUCGAUGUGGCCCUGAGAGAAGACUUUGGCUUCAAGCACAUCAUGUGGGUAUACUCGGGGCGAAGAGGUGCCCACGCCUGGGUGUGCGAUAAGAAGGCUCGGUCAAUGGACGAUCAGAAGCGCAGGGCUAUAGCAAAUUAUUUGGAAGUGAUUAGGGGCGGUUCACAGAGCGGCAAAAAGGUCAAUGUCAAGAGACCUCUGCACCCCCAUCUCAGCCGGAGUCUCGAUAUUCUCAAAACCCACUUUCAAGAAGAUGUGCUAGAUGUCCAGGAUCCUUGGGGGACAAGCGAGCAAGCGGAGAAGCUACUGCAGCUUCUUCCAGACCGGAACCUAAACGAUUCAUUACGGCGCAAAUGGGAAUCAGCCCCCGGACGAUCGUCUACAUCGAAAUGGGCCGAUAUCGAUGCUGUAGCAAAGACUGGUGCAAGUAAGAAUCUGGACUCGAGAGCGUUGCUCGAAGCUAAACAAGACAUUGUGCUGGAAUACACCUAUCCUCGCCUCGAUAUCGAAGUCAGCAAGAAACUAAACCAUUUGCUGAAAAGCCCCUUUGUCGUGCAUCCAGGCACAGGGCGAGUCUGUGUACCCAUCGACACAAGGGCUCUCGAAGACUUUGACCCUCUUGGUGUGCCAACGGUGCAAAGCCUGCUAGCCGAGAUUGAUACUUGGAAGGGUGGGGAGGAGGGCGAGGAGGGCGAUGACAAGUCCAAAGUCAACAUUGCAGACUGGGAAAAGACCAGCCUGAAGCCCUAUGUCGAUCAGUUUAGAACGUUUGUAUCGGGAAUCAUCAAGGAUGAAGGGAUUACAAAAGUUAAGCGAGAGCGGGAGGAUGACUCAAUGGAUUUUUAA